UUUAAAGUGAAACUGAAACUUAGACCUGUAUGUAUAAAUACAGCCUCUGAGGAGAGCUGCCAUCACAUCACAUCUACACAUCCCAAGGAGCACAAGGGGAAAAGAUCAGAAAUGGGAUCGAAACCAUCAAAAGAGACCCAAAAAACAGAACAAGAGACAUCAACAAAAGAACUGGGUAAAGAAUGGAGAAAAUUUGACUGGGGACAGAAGGAAGCGCUGAAAAGCCGUCUAGAAAGUUUUACUCCGAGUAAUUCAGAUGUGACAAACAUCAAAAUCCUGGUGGCUGGACAAAUUGGAGCAGGGAAGUCCAGCUUUAUUAACUCAGUCAUUUGUGCCUUUCAAGGAGAAAUAGUUUGUGAAGUACUAGCUGAUAGUUCGGCAUCAGCCGCCAGUCACAGUUUCACACGAAGACUGAAAGCACACCGCAUCAGAAGUGCAAAUGCAGAUUUGCCUUUUGAAAUCUGUGACAUAAUAGGUUUAGAACCUGAUAAUAUAUCUGAACGUAAACCAGAUGACAUUGUCAAAGCCAUAUACGGUCAAUUGAAGGAUGGAUAUAAAUUUAGUGAAGAGGAUUCACUCACAAGCAACAAUGAACAUUACAGUGAAACCCCUUCACUGUCUGAUCAAGCAUUCUGCCUGGUUUACAUCAUUGAUGCAAAUACAUUCGCACUCUGUAAGGAUGAGUUAAUUGUCCAAAAGUUAAGGAAUAUCCGCCAGAAAAUCAGUGAAAAUGGAAUUCCACAAGUUAUUGUCAUGACUAAAGUGGAUGAAGCAUGUCCUCUGGUCCAAAAUGAUCUAAGGAAGAUCUACAAAAGCAAGACGAUCAAAGAGCGGAUGGAGCUGUGCAGCACCAAAGUGGGUGUGCCAAUGAGCCACAUCUUCCCAGUGAAGAACUACCACGAUGAGAUUGACACAGAUGAAGAUGUUGAUGUUUUGAUUCUCAAGGCAUUUGAUCAGAUUGUGCGUUCUGCUAAUGGAAGACUGAGGUGCGGUGCUUACAAUUUAUGAGUUUUCAGGACAAAAAACACCAAUAUAAUAAAUAGUAUUUAGCGUUGAAUGACCCAAAGUAUAUCAUCAUCUGAAUCAAGACAAAGGUUAUAACCGACAUUUGACAGCAGUAAAAGUGAUGAUCAUACCUGCACAAUAUUAGAAAUUACUACGCAAAUUAGCUGUCAACGUGAACACAAUAACACAAUAAACUCAACAAAAUCAAAAUGACAAAAAAGUAAUUCUAUGUGAAGAUUCAAGUUCAAUACGCUUUUUUAUCUAACCCAAUAGACUUUAUAUUCCUCAAGGCUUCUAAGCAAUAUGUUAGUAUUAAAAACAUUAUAGCUCUUCAAGUUAGUUGGAUUUUUUGUUGUUGGUAGCUGACCUUUUCAACUCUUCUGUGUAAUGGUAAUUGGUUGUCUUCAUGCAUUUUAUACUUUUUAUUAUCAGCUGCUGCUAUGUUUUAGCUCAUUCAGCAUCUACACAUUGUGCAUAAUGGUAGCAGAGAAUUAACAUGCUAAUCAUAUUACUCUAUUAUAUAACUCUUAUAGUAACUCUAUGUAACACUUAUAUAACUCUUCUAUGUGAUGUAAAAAUCCUAUAUGCUACUCUGUUCCUACAAUUACAGUCUAAUAUGUCUUUUCAAGUAAUGGUAUUUACUCAUUAAUUACAAACAACCAUCUUAAAAUUCCACAGCAAAUUUCCAAAGAACCUGGCCUUUUGGUUUUGCAGUAGCAAUCUGGUAUGACCCAAAAACUAGUUGUCUACGCUCAUCAUACUUUUGAAGUACCACUAUGUUUUGUAAGUCAUUCAGUUUGUUGCACCUGUCCCAGCAUGUUGCUUCAUUUUACAAAAGCAUCUGGUACAAAUUGAUUUUCACGAAAAAGGCUGAAUGCACUCCUAACAUUAAUAGUUAACAGAAAAUGUUAUAGAAUAAAAAGCCAUUUGAAGAUAUGAAACAAAUGGCAAGAUAAGCUAUGCUAGCAUGAUAUUCCGAAUUCAGUCUGUCUGCAUAAACUGUGUAUCUAAAUAAAAUCAUAUGAAAAUAACUACUUGUUAUUUGGGGGUCAAUGUCUGUA